CGGCCUCUCCCUCCCAGGAUUAAGCAGGAUAGAGAGGAUUACUGGCUGCUUUUCUGGCCACUCUUUAGAGUAAAAUCACAUAUAUGUUGGUAACCAGGGCAGAAGCUAAACAUCACCCAAAACAAAAGAAGAAGAAGAAAAAACAUCAAAAAAAAAUCAUAGAAUGGUGCACUCCCUCCUGCUCCGCUGAUUGUGGAAACCAGCCUAGGAGGGAGAGAGAAAGUGAGGACCUCAGUGAUCUAAAGAAUAGAAGCAUCUGCCAUGAGGCAGCAUGUGGAAACAGAGCUGAUGACUCACCCAGGCCUUCAUGAAAACAGUCUGACUAAGAUCCUAGAGGAUGUGGUGGAGGAGGUGAGGUUGUCUAUAGAUAAAGACAUAAACGGAGCGGAUCUUCUCCACAGUCUGCUCAGUGCACCCUGGCUCAACUCUCUGCUCAGGGUGUAUGAGUGUCUACUUGAGUACACAAGAACAUCCCCCAGGCCAUGUCUCCUGUAUGCUUCAACACUCUCUCAGGAGAUUAUGAGAGAUAUGAGGUCACUGACUGCCCCCUCCCCUGAAGCCCAGGAGCUCUACAUGCUGCUGAGAGCACGACAUUUCCAGGCUCUGCUGUCAGCGCAUGACUCUGUGGCUCAGAAGGACUACAGUCCAGUUCUGCCACCUCUGCCUGAUGAUCUUCCUGAGGAUGAGGAAGCUAUGAGGAUUGUCUGCCUUGUAAAGAACAAGCAACCUCUGGGAGCAACUAUUAAAAAGGAUGAGAAAACAGGGGAGAUUUUUAUUGCGAGGGUGAUACAUGGAGGACUAGCAGAUCGCAGUGGUCUCCUCUAUCCUGGCGAUAAACUGGUGGAGGUGAAUGGGGAACCAGUGGAGGGUCUGGAACCUGUGCAAGUCAUUCAGAUUCUGGUAAUCCCCAACUCACCACAGCCUCCCACCAGCCAAGCAACUCUGUAUAUGAGAGCCAUGGUAGACUACAAUCCACUGCAGGACCCUUCCAUUCCAUGCCCAGAUGCAGGCAUGGCCUUUAGCAAAGGGGACCUGCUGCAGAUUGUGGACCAAAGGGACGUCCAGUGGUGGCAGGCCAGGCUCCUGCCCAAUACUACAGACUGUGCAGGCCUCGUUCCAUCCCCCAGCCAUUUCAAAAGCAAGAAGAGGGAGUUCUGGUGGUCUCAGUCUUACCAGGCCCACACAUGCAUAAAAUCCUUGAGUGCAGCUGAUGUUGGAGAGGAAGAAGGAGCCUUUGAAGAGAAGUCUGCAGAUGCAGAUGAUGAAGCUUUUGAAACUGAGGAAGGUGAACACAGUGGACACAUGGAGGGCUUUUAUAUUGCUGGGUUCAGAUACAGUCUGCGCUUGUGGAGGAGGAGGGCUCCCAGGAAGAGGAGGCAGUCCUGUCAGUCCUGCAACCCUAACAGCUGCCACAGUGCUUCAACCAGUCCAUACGAGGAGGUGCUCAACUACCAGCGCAACAGGAGCGAGCCUCCACGCCUCAUUGUACUCCUGGGUCCAUCAGGAGUAGGAGUAAAUGAAUUACGCAGGAGGCUGAUAAAAAUCAAUCCCAACACCUUUCAGGGACCAAUACCCUACACCACACGGCUCCCUAGAAGUGGAGAGGUGAAUGGACGAGAAUAUCACUUCAUUACCAAAGAGCUAUUUGAAUAUUUGAUGGUUAAUCACAAAUUUAUUGAAUAUGGGGAGCAUAAGAGACAUCUGUACGGUACCUGCUUUGAUUCCAUCAAAGAUGUGCUGGACAGCGGCAAAACCUGCAUCAUCGAUAUCGAACCUCACUGCAUCCAUGCAGUGAGAACCAAGAAGCUGAAGCCGUACAUCAUUUUUGUGAAGCCUCCAUCUCUUGAACACAUGAAGUUAACAAGGACGGAUGCCAAGUUUAUAGCUAACAGCUACUUCAAGACAAGUUUCAGAGAUGAGGACUUUGAGAAGAUUGAAGAGGCGGCCAGGAUCAUGGAGGCUCAGUACAGCCAGUUUUUCGACUGUGUGAUUGUAAAUGACCGACUACAGGACACAUGCAUGGAUCUUUUUGCAGCUAUCCAGCAUGCUCAGGAAGAGCCACAGUGGAUACCAGCCAACUGGAUCAGCUUCGAUGAAUCUUGAUACAUAUACAAACACAUUCGCACACAAACACACAGCCUGCCACUAAGACUGAAGAUGAUAGAUUAAGAUUAGUUACUUAUCAACACUUAAAUGUAUUCAAUUACACAAAAAAAUGGAAGCUAUCUUUACGUCUGACAAAGAACUUUGUUUUGUUAAUGAUAUCAUCAUUAACUCCCAAGAGCACAUAUGAUUAGUGGUGAGGGUUCACAGUGUCAAAUACAUUGUUCAGUAUGAAGCUUUUUAACGCUAAUUUACACUGGUUUGGUUAUUUAUUUAUUUGUUUGCCAGUUUGCUGCAGAUGAUUUGCACAUCUGAUUUUAUUGCAUCCUUUUAUUUUGUUUACAAGUGGUCUGUUCAUGUUCUCUGAGCCAGGUUUCCAUGUCUGCCCUGAAGAUAUUGUCCUGAUUACAUAAGCAUGUCAUUCAGGUGUGUCUAACUUAGGGGUGGGUGAUAUGGCAAAACUUUAAGGAAGUUGCAUGAUACACAAUGUAACCAUAUUUAUAUUUUGUGACAUCUGAUGAGCUGAAACAGUCAAAAAAGAACAAGCAGAGCCACAUUUAAAGAAAAACUGUCAAAACCAUACAAUGAUUUUUUUUUUCAACAUUUCUCAUGAUGUACUGAACUAAAUUAAACAGGACAAAUGAUGCUGUCUUUGUAAUAUUACAUGCAGUUUAUAUUGUGAAAAGUAUAAAUAUUGCCAUAUUGCCCAGCCCUGCUUUAUAGCAUAUUUGUUUCAAAAGCAGCACAUGUAUUCCACGUACAAGUUUCUGUGUACAGAUCUUUUAAUUAAGAUUUAAGCAGCAAAAACUGGAACUAAGCUGUUUCAAAUCUGGUUUACAUACAUUUAUGACUGUUCAGUAAAUAAACUAAUCUGAUUAUACAAAGAAGAAAUAUAUAUGUUUUUAAGCAUUAUAACCUUUAGUAUCAUUAUUAUUACUGCAGUUUAUGUGCAUGUGACUGUGGGACUUGUUUACUACUGAAGCCUUGCUGCUGUUUUAUGCCAUUUUACUGGGGAGAAAAAGCAAAACAUUAUAUGCCCUUGUCUUUUGCGUUGUUAUGUAUAGACAGGUGUGAAGGGUUUUGUGCUGUAAUGGUGUAUGCGAAAGCACUAUUGUUGUGCUACUGUCUUAAAUGACUGUUUUUAAGAUAAAAUAAAGUG